UUUAGCUGUGAGCGCGGCGGUGCCCGGUUCUGAGCUGACAUGGCGCUGGCCGGGGGCCGUGCGGCUCAUCGCAUCGAUCAGCGGUCGCGCACCGGGGACGUCUUGUUGGCCGAGGGCGAGCGGGUGGACUUUGAAGCUCUGCUCUUGACGCAGCCCGUGCUGGAGGGGCUGAAGGAAGCCGGCUUCGAGCGGCCUUCUCCCAUCCAGCUGAAAGCCAUCCCGCUGGGGCGAUGUGGGCUCGAUCUGAUUGUGCAAGCCAAGUCUGGAACAGGGAAAACCUGUGUAUUUUCCACUAUUGCACUAGACUCCCUAAUCCUGGAGAAUCCAGCAACACAGGUCCUUGUUCUGGCACCCACAAGGGAAAUUGCUGUGCAGAUCCAUUCAGUCAUUACAGCUAUUGGCAUUAAAAUGGAGGGUCUAGAAUGCCACGUUUUCAUCGGAGGGACUCCACUGAACCUAGACAAAGUUCGUCUUAAAAAAUGCCACAUUGCAGUUGGAUCUCCAGGUCGCAUUAAGCAGCUGAUUGAGAUCGGCUUUCUGCCAACAGCCAGUAUACGCCUGUUUGUGCUGGAUGAAGCAGAUAAGUUGUUAGAGGAGGGCAGCUUCCAGGAACAAAUCAAUUGGAUUUAUUCCUCACUGCCACCAAACAAACAGAUGUUGGCAUUGUCUGCAACUUACCCAGAGUCACUGGCCAAACACUUGAUGAGGUACAUGAGGGAUCCCAGUUUCGUCAGACUGAAUCCCACAGAUCCAGCUCUCAUCGGGUUGAAGCAGUUUUAUAAGGUUGUAAACUUCUACCCGCUUCCACACAAGAUAUUUGAGGAAAAAGUACAACAUUUACUAGAUUUGUUUAGCAAGGUCCCCUUCAAUCAGGCCCUUGUCUUCUCGAAUCUUCACAGUAGAGCCCAGCGUCUUGCAGACAUUCUCACCUUAAGAGGGCUUCCUGCAGUCUGUAUUUCAGGUAGUAUGAACCAGAACCAGCGCCUUGAAGCAAUGUCUAAACUAAAGCAGUUUAAGUGUCGGGUCCUCAUUUCAACUGACCUGACAUCCAGAGGAAUUGAUGCAGAAAAAGUAAAUUUAGUUGUUAACCUUGAUAUUCCUCAAGACUGGGAGACAUAUAUGCAUCGAAUUGGAAGAGCUGGCCGGUUUGGCACUCAGGGUAUAGCUGUGACAUACUGUUGUCGUGGUGAAGAGGAGAAUGAGUUGGGAUUGAUAGCACAGCGUUGUAAUCUUCAGCUUUUGCCUCUUCCUGAUCCGAUUCCAUCAGGAUUACUGGAAGAGCCGAUUGACUGGGACAUGAAUGAUAGUGCGCAAGAGGCUGAGAAUUCAACCCUUGAAACCACAACACCAUCUUUAAAAGUAGAGCCUUCAGUCACUGCAGAGCAUCAGGCCAUGGACCCAGAUCCCUCGCCACUGUCCACAGUUGAACUUACUGGAAAGAAGCUUGCAAGCAGAAAGGUUCAGAAAUCAAAAAAGAUUCCAACUGAGAAAGAACAUCAGCGUCUACUCAGGACUCCAGAAGUCAGCAGUGGUUAUGUACCUGACAAGGACAUCAAAGCGAAAGUGCAGUCAAAUCUCUGUGACACUCUGUCCUGUGAGGGGCUCCAGUCAUUAACUAAAACGCCCAGCAUCACACUUCAAGAAAAGAAGGUUUUACAAGAAUCACUUCCAAAAAUCGCACCCUUAACGUUGUUUAAAAGAAGAGUGAAGCGUGAGAAGAGGUUGUUGAGUUUCUUAGAAAUUGUGAAAGGCUAUGAGAGCUUUCUCACUGAGCGGAAUGAGAACCCGGUAGAAAUAGUACGACAGUGGAUGGGUUUCCCUGGUGUUCUGAAGGAGAAAUCGCUCAACGAAGGUGAAGAGUUGGGAGGCCCUGAGCUGUUGUCCACGGAACAGAUGUCUCGUGAGCAGAACAGUAAGCUGUUUUUAAGUAAGAAGGAUAUGUUAAAUUUGCAUAACUCUCAAAAAUGGACUGAGUCAUCUGUGUUGGAUAGGCACGAGCUCAGUGAUUCCAGUUCCAGUCGAAGCCCCUCCACAAGAAGCAGGACCAGCAGCAGGGAAUUGUCCACUGAGGCUGAGGUGCCCAUGGUUGCACAAGUCUCCCAGGAAGACCGGAGUCCCAUGACACUGAAGUCACUCCACCCAAACCAGAAGAGUGUUCCAUCCUUCCAACCAUAUGGUGGGCAAGAUGGGUUUCCAGAUCGUGUAUGUUCUGAUUCAUUCUCCAACAUACCUUCCAAGAAGCAGCUUAAAUGUGAUAGAGGGUUGGGACAUAAAGGCACCAGCCCUGAAGGUUGGUCCCUGAAGGGUGAUAUGAAAAAAUCGAAAGGUGAAUCCGAGUUUGGACCAACCAGAACAGCCAAAGUGCCUAAUGUCACAGAGGCGAGUACCAAGGACACAUCAUUCCCUUACAGUGAAAGUGGACACUUGUGGUCUGCUGAUUCUGAACAUUCAUAUGAUUACUGGAAGGCUUAUUACCAUUCCUGGCAGAGCUACUAUGCUGCAAUUGGCUAUCCUUACUAUGGAAGCUCGGAGAGAAAUUCUGAUUGGCUGAAAGCUUACCAGAUGAACUCUGUGUAUCUUAAGGAACUGUUCAAACCAUAAAUUUUAAGUUUUGUUUGCAAAACUUUUUUUGUACUGCAGCUAA